AUGCUCGCUUACGGCAACCAUCCGUUUCAGAAACCGUCCGCAGACUUGGUCGUAGCUUCCGCGGACGACAUUGCAUUCCGAGUUCACAAGAACAUUUUGGCUGAGGCAUCGUCGGUCUUCGAGCAUAUGUUUGGUUCGCCCCAGCCGCAGCACGACUCCUCCGACGCAGUUAGGGGAGAUGAGGUAUUCGAUGGACUUCCCGUCGUCCAUCUCACGGAGCACAGCACCACCCUCGAGAACCUCUUUCGACUGUGUUAUCCAGUGAGAGAUCCAAUUAUCACGUCACUCGAGGCCGUGCGCGAUACAUUGGUCGCUGCGACGAAAUACGAUAUGGAGGAAGCCACAGAACUUUUGGUGGCGCGACUAAAGGAAUUCGCUGGGGCCAAACCUCUGCAGGUAUAUGCCAUCGCCUAUCGACAUGAAUCGGAGGAGGUUGCUUUGGCAGCGGCCAAGGGGGUUUAUGUGCAUGGACUCUGUUCCAGGUAUUCUCCGGAGAUGGAGGAUAUCAGCGCGGGAGCAUACAACCGCCUUCUCCUCUAUUGCAGAGCCAUGAAGAAGGGCAAAACAUACACUGAUUAUCUCUGUCAGCCGCGACGUCACAGCGACAAUUCCGCUAACAGCAGCGUGCCGACGACGGAUGGUGCGGAGCCGGAUAACGCCAGCACAAAUACCCUCUCGCAUCCCUUCACUAUGUCGAAUGCAGACUUCUCGAAUGCAGACUUCAUUCUUCGUUCUUCAGAUCAUGUCCCGGUCGACUUCCAUGUCCACCGAAUCGUUGUAGAAAUGGCAUCUCCUGUCCUUACGCAGAAGAUUUUCCAGGCAGUAUCUGCCCAUCACACUGCGACGGACAGGUCUGAUGCAGACCUCCCUGUUGCGGUGCUGGAGGAGAAGGGCGGGACGAUAUCAAUUCUGUUGCAGCUAUUUUACCCUAACUUCCUCGAGCCGGAUUUGGAGGACGUGCAAGAGUUGGUGACGCUACUUGCUGCUGCGCAGAAAUACCGGAUAAACAAGGCCGUGCAGCUAUUGUCUGCUAGAUUACUCGCUCAAAAUGCGGAACCCAUGAAGGUUUAUCUCAUCGCAUGUCAGUUCGGCCUUACGGCCCUGGCCAAAGAAGGAGCCAAGCGUAUUCUGCGCCUGGAUGAUGACGACUUGGAGAUCUAUCAUGCGGAGAUGGAGGACAUUUCUGCUGGGCAGUACUACCGUCUUAUACAGUAUCAUCGGGUGCACCGCGAAGUCGUCGAUCGGUACACCAGUGAUGGUCAGUGGAUAUCUGUGGAAUGGCGCACCAGACUUCGGAAACAGUGCACCACCAGGAGUAUCAAUAACGGUCAGGGACAAUCCUUGCCGUGCUGGUGCACACCGUACUUCCGCUGUCUUCGCGAUCAGAAAAUUGGCGAUGUGAAGGCCCACGAUCCGUUCCAUCUCAGCAUCGAUGUCACUACUGGCGCUGUCGAGUCCGCAUUCAAGCGACUUACGGUUUCAGAUGCAUGCGGAGGCUGCCGGUCAUCGGACGCUGUACUCCUUAUGCUGCAAUUUAGUCACUAUCUGACACAACAAUUUAGCAGUGCGGUAUCCAUGACGGAGCUUGAAUGGACAUAA